UUUGCAUAAGCGUAUUUCCUGCAUUUUGUUGGGCAAAAUAAUCAUUUUCAAAUUAUUAUUUUUUGGCAAGGUUAAUAUUUUCAGUUCCUACCAGCCAGACUAUCAGAAUAUUCAAAUCCCAAAAUCCUCCUUUCCCCUAUAAAUGGUCCCAUAUUUAUGGUAACUGUUUUAUGGUGUAAAGUACAGACGCUUUCUCUCGCAGUCCUCUUUUUCUCUAUGUUUAAUCUUAUUUAGGAGGAUUUUAGCGGACUGACUUUAUAUUCAAUAAUCCAGAAAAUUUAUGCACGGUUUAUUCAUAUUCCUGAACCGAGAAUUUCAUAAAAACCAUAUGUGUUAUAUCCCGCGUACAAACUAGAAAUAUUUCAACUCCAAAUAUAAAGAGAUUUGUAAAUGACCAAUAUUCUACAAAAUCUGAAAAAAAACCUAGUUCGUUUUCCUUUGCAUAUGAAUAUGUUCCAUUUAUUAGGAGAUAAAUAUAAAUUAGUGUUAUGUUUGAUAAUCAUUUGAAUGUCGUGUUACCCAUCAAUAAGAGCCAUUUGUUGAAUUAUUUUUAGUAAAAAUAAUCGGUCACGUUUUUAAACGUUAAAUUGUUCCUUUGAAAAAUCGACAAGUUUUUCUCAUAGAUUCUUUAAAAUCCUCUUUCGUCUAUUCAUCUACCGCGUGACUCAUUGUAAACUUUUUAAUAAGUUGAACAAAUAGAAUGACUUUGUUCGAUUUCGUCUAAUUUUAAAACGAUGAAUCAUCGUCACGAGGUAUUUCAUCGUUGUUCUAGAACAUUCUUUUCAUCUAUUUUCGUCUAUGACUCAUGGUCAUGGGACACGUUAGAUGAAUGGUAUAAAAGGCGAUGAUUCGUUUACAUGCGUCAUUUGUAGCGACGAAAAUAUAGUUAGAAUCAGCUGUGAAUAUGUCGCUCGUAAUUAAAGCAGCCUUUAUUAAAGGAGACGAAACCUCUGAAUUCCGACGAUUUACUGUCGAUGAAAAUUUUAGCUAUGAAUUCCUGAAGAGGAAAAUUACCGAGAUUUUCACAGAUAAAUGUGAGCUAAUGUGGAAAGAUGCUGAUGGCGAUCUUGUCUCAUUUUCUUCAGACGAAGAACUACAAGAGGCUUUGGAAGGUGUCUCUGAUGGUAUAUUUAGAAUGUUCGUCACAGUUGACCAACAGCAAUAUCUGAAAAGUGUACCCCAGCUUAAAUAUUGUAACACAAUCAAUAAACACAAAAAAGGAUCUGGGAGAAGGCUGCACAAAGCUCAAAUGAAGAAGUCUCCUGAUUUCGAUGACGACCACAAUAAUGGAUGGUCAAUAUUCAAAGGAAGAUCAGAUAACCAUGAACCUGAGCUUGAACAUAUUGGAUUCUAUCAUCGUCGUUAUAGAAACAGAAUGCAGAGGAAAUCAAAUGAAGAAAUGGAAGCCUGGUUUAACAGAAGACAACAAAAAUGGUUGAAUCGACAGCAAGAAAUGAAAGAAUCUUCAAACAAUGCAACCGAAGACAACAAUAACGAAAAUGGUGAGAAUGAUCGUCUGCAAAAACGCAUCUGGCGCCUAAGGAACAAACUUGCACACCUUAAAAUGGGAGAUUUGACUCCAGAAACCACUAACCAGGAAAGAAAUAAGAAUUCGGGACCUCCUUUAGGAACAGAAAAGGCGGGCCGUGAAAAAUUCGGACGUCAACAGGGCAAAUUUGGAGGAGAUAAACACAAUGCAGUGAUUAAACUGAAACUGAAAAAUCAACAUCGUGCAAGAAGUUGUCCAGGUCGUAUAAAUGGGACCCUAUCUAGAGCAGCACACUUUGGCCGAUUUAAUGCAGGGAGACGGUUUGGUAAAUUAAGUCCACACCAUCAUUCUGCGGAAUGUCAUGGCCGUAGAUGCCGCAAUGGUGACCAUGGUGAAAAACACUUGAGAAAUGGUCCGUUUAAAAAGAAUAUACGCAAGAUGUUCAUCGAAUUACAAGAUGAACAAGAUGUUGAUAUUAACGAUGACAAGAAAGCAAAUCGUCGUUGUCGUAGGCAGGAAAAUAUUGAAAAGAAAAUCCAUUUUCGACGGAUGUUAGAGGAAAACAAGAGAAUACCAAUUACAUGGAGGGUGAAGCAACGAGGAUUAGGACACCGUCAUGGGCGUGGUAUGAACUACUGGAUGCCAAGACGAAUGAGGCUUAUAAACACAAUGACAGAACUUGAAGAGGAGAAGAAUUUAAUUCAAUCUGAGCUGAAGCAUGGAUGUAGACAUACUCCAGACGGCUCUACAGAUUGCAUACACAAAGUCUAAACAUAAUUUAAUAACAUCUUUGUGAACUCUGAAGUAUAUUAUGUGUUAUUUUUGUUUAAAACUUUUAAGUAUCACUAUACUAUCAUGUUAAUGAUAUUUGUAAAAAAUGUUAUAAUCAUGUAGACAACGUUGUUGUUUUUAAAUCUUAUGCAAUAGAUAAAUGUUCAAUAGUGAAAGGUUAAUUUUAAAGACGUUUUGGGAGAUCACUAUAAUUUUGAUAAGUAUAUUAUGUAUACCUCAUUGUAGCUUUAAGAAUUCUUCAUCUGUAAUUUUUAUAUGAUAAAUGUAGAUUAGUCAUUAAAUCAUUUAAAAU